GUUGGUGUUGCCAUGCCAUUCAUCUCUUGACUGUGGGUGCUCGCAGUGCCUGCACCCACAGCGGCGCUCUGUGUCCCAUAGGAGAUGUGUCGAUGUCCGACAAACCCGACACCACACGACGCUGACACACACACAGCACACACACACAGAAGACAAGAGACACACACAUGCGACACAACACUCCUCGCUGACUGUAGGCGCGUGUUCUCGGAUGUACCUCACCUCUUGCAUCAUCUUCUCUUUUCUCUCUUGGAAUUGCAGAUGGAGGUAGCUGUCGCCGCGAAAACCGACCAGGGUCGGCAGCAGCGGAUUCGAGGUGAGGAAGGCCUCCAUCGCUGCCGGAAUGAACCGCCUGAUUUAGACGCACAGAGAAGGAGGAUGAUGGACAUUCAUUGUAUGUGUGUUCGCGGCCAUGUGCUUGCCCAUCCAUCGGCCCACCCUUGUCUCUGCGAGUCGAUGAGGAUGUGAUGGACCUGCGCAAUGUUGUCAGCAAGUGCAGCCCCCUCAUACCGUCUCUUCUGUCGCGUCACCCCAUCGCCGCCCUCUCCACCGCGCGGCGCCACCAUGCAGCCCCUCACCGCCGCCAGCGAACACAGCCGUUCGGGCAGACUCUCACUCCGGCGGGACAGCACCAGCCAGUCGGCGUCUCUCAUCGCGAAACCGCCCUCAGGAUCAACCAAAUCCUCUAUGUGCACCUCGACGGCCCGCACCGACGCCGCAUGCAGAGCCCGAUACCUCUGGGGAAACCUUUUCAUCGCCUGUCGCUGUAUGGCAUCCCUCAGCUUCUCGUCUUUGUCCCUGCUGUCCUCCUCUGCCGCAGCUGGUGGGAGGCUCAGCGACGCACGCCGCGCCAUCAUCUCGGCCCGUCGACGAUGGACCCGCAGCGUCCGUUUAGGCGCCAGGACGGACGUAGUGUUGCCCAGCGAGACCCAUUCCUCAAGCCCCCUCUCCGAGACCAACACACGAGCCAGCGCCACACGGUCCGCCACCGGCACCACAUCGAGUUGGGGCACGCCUUGCGAGUGGGAGGUGGCCGAUGCGGCCGACCGGGGCGUCUGUCCCCCUUGGUGUGACGGGUGUGCGCUCGUCGGGCGGGGCGUGAUUGUCCUCAUUUGACUGUCCAGCAGCAGUGGGGCCGAGACGCGUCGGGACAUCGCCUGAAUCGCCGUGUCUUCAGCAGUGUCGGCUGCGGACGGCUCGAAGAGCACCAGGAGACCGAUGACUUGGCAGUUGGCGUAGCGGGAGUUGAUGAAGAGCCGGGCCUCGUUAAUGAGGGAGAGGUCUUGACGAGUCAGUAGUUUCUUUGGGCCGCAUUUGAAGUAGAGCAGCACGGCGGUGAGAUGAUGGGGGGCUGAGGCGGGUGGCUGGGACAGUGCCUCAUCUGCUGCUGCAGGGCCCUCCUCAAUAUUCUCUGUGCCUUCCAUUCCGAGAGGGGAGGGAAGGGAGAGACUGCCAGCAGCGAUCGGAUCGGCCGUUGAAUAUUCCCCGCUAGGAAUGGCAAAACUGUACACACACCAGGGCAGGCAGGCGUCACCGAGGCAGUCACCCUCCCCGCCCCAUGCACUGCACACAGUACUCACCGCGUCGCCUAAUGUCAACUACUCCGGCCUGGCAUCAACUAUCACCCAUUGCAAUGGAGCGGACACAGCAGAUAGAGAUAGAGAGACAGAUAGAGGGGAGAAAAAUAUCACUCAUGCAUGGCAUGCCUAACCGCACGCAGACACACAUCAACGAAUAUAUGCAUGGGGUCCAUGGAGUUCCACAGAUGCGCAGGGACUGCACACCACACCGAUGGGUCGCUGUACAUGCAUCCAAUGGCAGACAGGCUGGCAGGCAAACAAGCGCAUGUCGUCGUUUGUGCAGUCAGUCGGUCAAACACUCGAUCAUCGGCCGCGAGGGACGCAAAAUUUGAUGCGUCAGGCAGGCAGGCGGCCGCAAUACAGACAUUCUCUCUCUCUCUCUCUCUCUCUCGUGGUGGGUGUGGUGGGUGUGGUUGCUUUCGUUGCAUCACACCCACCACAACGGCAGCAACCACAGGCCCACCCGCCCACCCUUUCCCACAAUGAAUGGCACACAUGCACACAUGACAUCCACCUGUGUGUUCACACCUGAUGCGCCUCAGCCAGCCAGCCAGCCAGCCAGCUGGUAAAAGCACGUCUGUAUGUACGUCUGUAUGUGUUCAUACGACGUGUG